AUGGCUUUGCUCACUUCCACUUUAACCUGGAGCAGGACCUUCGCCUCCAGGCUUCUACUUCUAACCGGCUCUAGGACUUGGGAAAAAUCUAAGACCAAGCGCACUCGCCAGAAGCAGGAUCUAGGUCAGACAGAUGCGCUCCUUAGCGCCGAAGAAAAUGUUGCCGUCGUUCAUAUUAACGCUCCAAAGAUCGAGAACCGAAAGGUUCCGACGCAUAUCGCCAUCCUUCAGGAUAGCGUCUACCACUUGGGCAUCUCUCCCAUCUCCCGCCCCGUCGUGUCGACCUAUGUCCCCACGGCCAUCAACAUGUUCACUAUGCUGUACUACACGAGUGACCAGUUGGCAGAGAAUCCCCAUCUGCAUGAACGUCUGCCAGAGUUCUUCUCCCCGGCCCUCAACCUAUAUUACUCGCACGCGGUGUACUUCCAGAUCCUGCGCGCUCGUGCAGCCGCUGGUUCCGUUGUGCUCACUCGUACUGAGAAGCGAAUCAUAAUUAACUACGAACGCAUUGCACCCACUGAGUCCUGGCCCAUCGCCGUUCCCCUGAUCGGAUUCGUGGCCUUGGGAGCUUAUAGGCCUAGUGACCCCUACUACUCCUCCUGGGUCGUCCCGACCUUCCCUGACCUCUCCAAGUUUGGCGAAGGCAACGGCCUCAAGGACCUCCAUCCUGUGACUAGAAUGCUGCGCCUCCCGCUCGUCCCGGCCUAUCAGAAGCUGGGUUACAUGUACGCCAAUAGUCUCACAUGUUACCACGAUGGCGCCCUCACCCCAUCCAGCGACCAGCCUUUCGUCGGAAUCCACCCCAAUGCCGACGUCGACGCGGUCCAUUGUCUCACUCUCAACACCUGUUGGAACCUGCCCUCAGAGGCUAGCCAAGAUUAUGCCAAUAUCAAGACCACGGUCAAGCAGAAGCGCCUUCGCCGCCAGGGAAUCCCUGAUGUACCAAAUAACAAUACCUUGAAAACGACUGAACGUUUCCUCGGCUUCGACUCCGGCACAUCCUUUGACUGGAUGAAGCAUUGCUUAUUAUGGCAAGGGUUACGAACCAGCUUUGCCCUGAUUCGACCAACCUCGCCGCCAUCCCACCCACCACGACUCUGGGUUGAUCUCACCGUUGAUUUCUAUGGCUUCUCGAAAACAGACAGAGGCAUGGCCGAUGCCAAACUGGGAGUCGCUACGGCGACCAAUGCUGAGUUCAGCGAUGGCUACUUCCCCAAAGGUGUGUCGAACGCCAACUCUUCCCGGUCUGGCCCGUUCUUUGCCGCCCCCUUCCUGAGUGAAGGAGCAGACGAAGCCGACUUGGCUCGCAGCUACCCAAUUUCGCCUUCGAAGAACUUCGACCACACCGUUUAUAAAUCCGUUAUUCAUUAA